GGUUCAUGUCACUGCAAUUCCGUGACAUGGACUGUCAAACUUGGCGUUGCUGAGCACGUGCUGUGUCAUUGUAGGACGUGCCAACAACUUGGAGGUGGUCCAUACAGCUGCAAUCAGAUUGUACCUAAGGAAGCCCUCAAGAUUCUCACGGGGUCACCCAAGGUCUAUACCUAUACAGGCGCAUCAGGGAAAUCGGUUGAUUGCUUCUACUGCGGAAACUGUACUUCACAUAUCUAUCACCACCAGGCAGUGAUGCCUGAUAAGAUCAUUAUCCGCACGCUACUGCUGAAUGGUGGACCUGAAAUGCCCGCAACGGCCGAGAUAUUUGGUGAAGGCAGAUUGAAUUGGGUGAAGGAGUUGCAAGAAAGCUUGACAAAUGGAACGAAGAAGCUUCCUUGA